AAUGGGGGGGCCCGGCCCGCCCCCGGAGAACGACCCCACCUCCCCGCUGUGGCAGACACAGUCCCGCAUCCAGGAGCUCGAGCAGGAUCUGGCCAGCCUCCAGUCCCAGAUGCAGCAGCUGGAGAACCCGGAGCGUCACAGCGGGCCACGGGCGGGCUUGGAAGAGGUGAAGCAGCCAGCAGGGGGCGCCUGUGAGGCCCCAGCGGCUGACUCUGCUGCGGCAGGUGGGGGGGCAGGCGGCAGGGAGCCGGAACCUGCCCUCCCCCGGGCCCCGGGCUCCCCCAAAAGGGCCACACAAGGGGCAGCCCGGGAACCCCUGCAGAAUGGGCUUGUCUUGGACGCAGGUGAGCGUGGGCCGUGUGAUGGCACCGUCAUGCCGGGAGCCAGCCCUGGGAAGGGCAUGUGA